AUGGACGACGGGGCGGCGGAGGCCGAAGCGCUGCGGCUCCGUCUGGCCGCCGUCGCCAGGAAGUGGCUGGAGGACCCGCGCGCGGACUACGCCGGCAAAAUCACCGACGCGGCCAGCCAAAAGGGGCACGCGCUCAACUCGCUGGUGCUGGCCGGCGCACGCAUCUCCCUCUCCGAGCACGGCCGCGUCGUGUGCUCGUUCCACGUGCCGCCGCCGCUCACCGACUCUGACGGGACGUGGCACGCGGGGGCGCUGGCGGCGGCGGCGGACAACAUGUGCUCGGCGGUGGUCUUCACGGUGGUGGGCGCGCCCACGUCCACCGUCCACUACGGCCUGUCCUACUUCUCGCCCGUCGCGUGCAACGAGGAGGUUCAGUUGGACGGGCGGGUGGUGGGCCGGAAAGGGAAGCUCACGGCCGCCGUGGUGCGGGUGCGGAAGAUGGGAUCCGGCGAGCUGGUGGCGAUAGGGAGGCAGUGGAUGACCCCUGCCUGGCCAACGAAGAGCAACAAAAGUAGGAGCAAGCUCUGA